AUGCUGCGCGGAAUACAGAACGACGACAACUUAUAUGUUGAAAGUUCAUCGUCAAGGUUUUUAAACGAAAUGGGUUUACCAAUAUUACGGUUAACCUUUAAACUGCUUAGUUUUAUCAUCUUUUAUGUUGACGGCACAAAAUUACUACGGUUUUCGAAUGUGAACUUUUCCACUACCGUAGGCGGUAAGUAUCUUUACAAUCAUCAAUUAUCCAGCACGUACAAACCAAACGGCCAACCAUUUAGUAUUUCUUACGGUGAUUCGAGUUAUGCAAUUGGGUAUCUGAGUAAUGAUACUGUUACAGUUGGCGGUGUCGCUGUUCGCAAUCAAAUAUUUGCUGAAGCAACGCAAACUGGCGGUUUUAACGGUGUCGGUGAUUAUCGCGAUGGCCUUCUAGGCUUGGCUUACCCAGGCAUAGCAGCCGGUGGCGAAACCCCACUGUUUUACAAUAUGUGGAACCAAGGUUUAAUACCAGCUCCAAUAUUUUCGUUCUAUUUCAAUCCUGUAACUGUGUCUGGCACAAGUGUUUGUUCAUUGAAUUGCUCGGCGAUAGCUGACACAGGCACGUCACUCAUAGUUGGUCCCGAUGCUCAAGUUCAAAUACUCAAUAGAGCUGUCGGUGGCGUCUAUAAUGUAUCGUUGGGUCAACGGCCACAAAAUCCGCAUCAACAACUACAACCCGCCAGGCAACCACCACGAUCCGAGCCACAACAACGACCACUAAGCCCACCACAACCACCACCACCAGAGCAGCAACCACCAUCAUCACCACCACAACCAACCUUCCAACAACAGCCACAUCACUAA